UGUCUGAUAAGAUUUGAUUUUCUAAAAAUGACACAGAAAACAUUUUGUUUUCCUUAUCAUUUAAUGUUUGUUUCCAAACAGUUUGUUUGGUUUUUCCAGUUUCAUUAUUAACGAAGAACAUCACAUCUAAUAACUGUUCUUUUUCCUGAUAUUAGACAUAUCAAUAGACGAGCCAUGUUUUAUUAUCAGAGACGAUUACUCGAUGAUUAGGGAAGGAAUAUUUGAUGUACCAUAAUGAUGAGAAGUGGUUCGUAAAAUUAGGUCAUAAUGAAGGAUUCAUAUAGUACAUCAUGCUGACCGCAUGACCCCGGAAAAUUGACUAACGGUCGAUUGGUCUAUCAGGCAAUUUUGACAAAUUGGCUGAUGGAGGACUGACCAUAUAUGGAUUAUGUUAAACAUCUACUCUUUAUCAACGUGCGGCCAGGCCGACGACGCUAUGCUGGAUACUUUUUUCGUCAGUAAAUUGAAGCAAUGAUGCAUACUUACAGGUCAAAUUAAUCUAGAUGCUCAACAUUGGAGGAAGUAAACAACUGUUGCUGUGUUAAGGAGUGGAAACCAUGCAUCUGCUUUCACAUUGGUUUGUGGUGGGAUUUCUUCUCAGUUUGAUCCCAAUAUUCCAAGCAUUUUUUUUUCAACCAUCGGGAGAGUUGACUCCAAAAUAUCCAUUGAUUUUAAUAAAUCAGACAUUGGAGCUCAAUUGUACAGUAUUUCCUGACUCUGGCUUGAAUACCAGUCUUUUGAAGUUUGAGCUUCCACUUAACAUAGAGGCGAGCUCUGAUAUGCUAACUGUAGUGGGAGACAGGACGCUGUUGUUGAAAAAAACUAUCAGCAAGAUCGAAGACAAAGGCAGCUACAAUUGUUGGAGGGUUAAUGAAAUAGGCUCUCCUGUUAGUAUGGUCGGCUCUGUCAAUCUUAUUGUAGAAUAUGAAGAUGUGAGGAAUGUCACAGAUUUUCAAUGUAUUUUGGACAAUACAAGUAAUCCACAAGAGUUCCGCUGUAACUGGAAUUUAGGAAAGUACCUCAAUCCUGCAUACCUAGAUGUUAACAUAAUUUUGUCAGUAGACAAUGGACAGAAUAGUGUCAAUUGUCCACAGAAGAAAAUUAGAGAGCAGUGUGUCUGGACAGAACAUGAUGAGCCAAGCAUUAAUUCCAUGUCUAAAAUAGUCAUACUUAACGUCACAAACUUAGAGUUCAAGACUUCCAAGAUAUUUAGAAAGGAAUUCUGGACACAGAACAUUAGUAAACCUGCACCCCCAAACUUCAUCAACGCCUCCUCCUCCUCCCUGGAGAAAUGUGGCUGUGCCUCCAUUACCUGGGCGACCAUACCCGGAGGAGUGAACACAACCUCUUCUGUCACUCUGAAGUCAAAGUGGAACACCGUCCCUCUGACUCACACUGUGAAUACAGACAGCAGUCUGGAAGUCUGUAACCUGGUACCAGCCACCAAUUACAUAGUGGAAAUCAAGAUCAAACCUGUAGGGGGAAUGUAUUACAGCAACACGGCAGAUAUGGACUUUGAAACUUGUCACACAGCCCCAUCUUCGGCACCUCAUAUGGAAGCCAGUGGAUAUUUCAGUAGAGACUGUGCCAAUGGAGAUCGCCCUGUGGUGGUGUAUUGGGAGAAAAUUAACCAAAAGUUCCAUAACGGGCAUUUGUUAGAGUACAAAGUGUUUGUGGACGAUGCAGAAGUGGGAGCAAGGGGUCCUCAAGAAGUGUCCUCCUCUCUCUCUAUACCAUGCGAGGGGCAGCAUAAUGUGUCAGUCAGAGGCUGUAAUCAACAAGGGUGCUCUCCAAAGGCCUCCAUUCUGAUUCCAAGCUACAGAGAAACAGUGGAUCUGCAGAGAGUUGUAAUGGAACAAUCAGAGAGUGAAGUUCACCUGACCUGGUUUGGAACUGAAAAUGAGGCUUUAACAGCUGUAGACAUUGCCUGGUGUAAAAUGAGACCUGCAGGUUUCAAAUGUAAAGAUGAAAUCCAUAUUCUUAGAAGUGAAAAUGCUAACAGCAUAGUUCUGCUUCAAGAAACAAUCGGUCCAUAUAUUGAUGAAAAGCUCUUUGGUGUAGCUGCCAUCAAUAAUAGAAACAUCAGCAGUGGAGUUACAUGGCAGGAUGAAUGCAGAUAUGUAAAGAAUGCAGUGCCCCCAGCUGUUCAGCAUGUGUCCCUGCUCCCCUCUCUCCCAAAGAACAGUCUGACCAUAAGCUGGGCUCCGAUCAAAUGUGACUCAGGAACUAACAACGCUUAUAUCAACCAAUACCAGAUCAUCUACUGCCAGCAGCCUACAGCGGACACCUGUGAUACCUCAGAGGUUUCCAUGGUGAAUGUGUCUGCGUGGGGUAUUACUCAGUAUACUCUCAGAGAUCUGAGGCCUGAUGUGGAGUAUGGAGUUAUGGUCAGGGCCCUAUCUCUGACAAAGGAGGGACCACAAAGUAAAAUGAUUACUGGACGGCCCAACAAUAACGAUUUAUCUGAGGAACAAGUCGUAGGCAUUGUAAUAGGAUCCAUAUUUGUCCUCAUUUUUGUUGCUGCUGGGUGUUUUUGUGUGAUCAGACAAGUGAGAAAAGCCUUACACCUGAAUGAAAAGUUUGAAAUUGAAACUCCUUCUGUUGUUCCAUACAGGGAUACGCCUAGUGGUGUCUUUCCGCGUUACCAUAGUCUUGCAUUGCCCUCAGAUAGGUCUAGCCGCCUCCCUCUGAUCACAGCAAAUGGAACUGCAAGACACAGCAGUUCUGAUGACCGCAGUUAUUCAGAGGUAAAAGCCAUAGAGCAAGAAGGAGAAAAGCACUGUGUUGUAAACAGCACCUCAAAGUCCAAUGGAGGUACAUUGGCCCUGGACGAUAUUCCACGGCAAAUCAGCAAAGAUAGCGGACACGGAAGUAUGUCUCCCACCUCUGUAAACCAGCCAACUACUCCUGACAAGACAGUGCAAGAGAAGGAAUUGAUGUCGAACGCUGAAUUUAUUCCACAUGGAUAUGCCAAGGCAACAGCCAUUAAUACACGCUGUUUUCAUGGUAAUGAUCAUGAAAAUGGAUCCUUUGAUACUGGAGAAGAAAACUCUCCAACAGACUUGAAAGAAUCGUCUUGCCAGUGCAAUGAUCUCUCAGGAAGUGGCAACUGCUUAUUACCAAACAACACUAGCCCGCAAUCUUCAGAGACAUCCAAAGAAAUCAAUCAAGAUCACUCCCAACAUACCAAGCAAGGAACAGUUGAACUAACUUUAAAUUAUGUAUUUUACCAAGCAGACAACACCCAACAUUCCUCUCACGAACCACCGAGUGGUGCAGACCAGUUUAAAGAAACAGAACUGUUUGCUGUUGAGCAUUAUGUGAAUCCAUCUCAGCCUUCGUUGGAUGACCAGACAAUGAAUGCACAAGUUUUAAGAAAUCAGUUUACUAAACAAUCGAUGAUCGAAAACAAUGUGUCUUCAGUCCCGAAGACUAGAGAAACAAGCUCCUGUCUGAAGCAGCCAAUCAAUGAUAUCAAUUGUCCUGAUUAUAUACGAAAUGAUUCCGCUAUCCCAGACUACUUGCCAAACAAAUCAGGGGAUAAAAUUGAAAUGGGUGAUGUUCCAAAGGAAGCAAAAGCUUUUCAAAAUUCAGUUUCAGAUUGUGUUUUGAAUAGACCAGUUGAUCAAAUUGAUCAGAGUCACGUUCUCAAUGAUUUUGAAGAUAAACUUGUUAUGGGUUAUGUUCCGAAUGGAACAGUGGGAAAAUGUGGACCAGUUGAACAAUUAAUUAAGGAUAUAGAUUCAGACAGAACUGCGAAUCAGCCUUAUAGUAACCAUGUUCCAAAUAAAGAAAUGGGUGAAAUUAAAAUGAAUAAUAUAAAAUGUCCUAUUGGAAAAAUUGAUCAAUCUUGUUCCCACCAGGUUCCAAAUGAUUCCGUGGAUUCCUUUAACGUUAAUUCUGUUUUAAAUAAACCAAUGGACUUGUCUAACGUGAGAUACGUGAAGAAUGAUACCGCAAAAACAGAUUUAGAGUCAGAAAAACUUGAAAAUUUCUCAAAUUGCACCAAAGAUGUGAAUACAACCUCUCUUUUUGACAGUGACGUAGAUAGAAAAUGUAAUCCAGAAUUUGAAACUGAAUCAGGCACAAGUUCUGGGAGUUUUGCAAACAGGUCAUGCAUUCAUAACAGUGGCUAUGUUACUGCUGACAUGAUAAAUUCAGCAGGCUUUGUGUCUACUGAAGCUGUUGAGCAAGAGAGCUCAGGGGAUGAAGGGGAGAGGGAGGAAGUGAUCUUCAACAGUGGGUAUGUGUCUGCAGAAGCAGUUCUGGCCCUCUGAAUUUUUUUGCUUGAAGGAGAGAACAAAAGCUAUUGAUUAACUGUUUUUAUCUAAUUAAGUGUUUGCAUAAUAUCCAUUAAGAAACCGUUAUUCCAGAUUUGUUUUAUAUUUUUUAAAAUAAUGAUUUGUUUAUAGAUAUCAUAAAUGUAUACGAUCGUUAAUUUUUGCUUAUGGAGAAUCUGCUGGUUUGAAAUAAUUUACAUUACAUGAAAAAAAAAUAUUUCUUUGAUUUCAUAAAUUUUGAAAUAAUGUUAAUGCAUUCAUUUAAAUGCAAUCAUUCAGUAGACCAGUUUUUUUUUAGAUGCAUGUGCAAAGUUUACAUGUACUAUUGGCCCCACCGUCACCAACUUUCCUCAAGUUAUUCAGCCCAAAGACUAAGUUUUUACCUCUUUUAUGCACUUUUCUUUUCAGGAUUUGAGUUGGGACUGAGUUAUGGGAUUUGAAAUUUUUAGUUACGGUAAGGUCAUAUAUCAUUCCGACACCUUUUUCUUGAUUUGAAUUUUACGACUCUUUUUUUUAUAUCUACAAUGUAUUACUAAUGUAAAUUAAUUUCUAUGGUUAAAUUUUUGUAUAGUACCAAUGUAUUAUUGCACUUAUUUUGGUAAAAUAAUUCAAUCAACAUGCUUAAUGACAUCUGCGGGACAAUGAAAUUCAGAAGUGAACACUAACUUUUGUGAGUAUUCUCUCCCUUGAAGCUGAGCGACGUGUAAAGACUAAAGAGUUUAAAUACAAACCAUUUUUGGUUUACCUCAUAUAAACAUUUCAAAAUGCCAACAACUACCUUCACCAAUUUCAUGUUUUAUUGGUUUUAUUUUGAUUUGUUAAAAAAGCUCUAUCUGUUGGAUUUUUUUUUUUAAAUCUAAAUUUAAUUUUACUAUUUUUAUAGUUAAUUAUUUUCCCCCGUAAGUCUGGAAUCGUUGUGAUAAUUCUCACAGUUGCUGGAAUAACAUAUUGUACAACUUUAUAAGAAAAUAUCAAUAAUAUUGAAUCAAUGCCUUAUUCUUUUUUACUUUUGUGUCAAACGAAAUGAAUUUACAUCAUUAAAAGGAAUGAUUUAUUAAGUUUUAUUUUAGUUAUGCAGGUAUUGGACUGAAUCAUUUUCAUGCUCUAACGUGUGUCAAAUUAAUAUUCUGAAGUUAUUUGUCAUUGAAUUCAGAUGAAAUCUUAAACGUCUAUGAAUAUUUAUAUUAAUGUCAUAGGAAUUGAUUUUCAGUAUAAAGAAAUAAAAAUCCAUUAAAAACCCCGCUUAGAAAUUCUCUUGCUUGCAAAUUGGAGCAAUUAAGUGCAAUAAAAUUAUGUUUUUUAAUUAAUUAUUUAUAUCUCCAAUAUGUUUAAAUCUCACACAAUAUAACAUUAUUAAUAGAUGUCCCAUUUUACGCUAAAACAUCUCUUUGCUUUAAUUUCUACCUCAUUCCUUGACUUUUUGUUUUUGGUUGAAGCAUGGCCUUACGUAUGGUACCAGUUACUUACUUGAUUAAAUUUGAACAUAAUUUAGCCUUUUCUGAUUUUUUUCUGUAUAUAUGGCCAAGUUAAAAAUUUACUGACUGUACCAGACAAUACCGCCUGUCUAUCAUAAAUUAUCUUUUCAAACCUAUAUGUCUCAAUAAGGCAAGUUUCGGUUAGUUUUCGAGCUAAAGGCAUGAAAAAUCUUUUUAAAUGUAGUUGGCAACUGCUGAUACAAAACGGCUUGAUAUAAGAUUUCCAUCCCUUGGCCAAUAAAACUUAGACGAAGUCAUUAUUUUUAUCUCAGGCUCCCUUUUUAGCUCACCUGAACCGAAGGUUCAAGUGAGCUUUUCUGAUCACCUGUUGUCCGUCGUCCGUCCGUCCGUCCGUCCGUCUGUCUGUCUGUCCGUCCGUCUGUAAACUUUUCACAUUUUUGACUUCUUCUCUAGAACCACUGAGCCAAAUUUAACCAAACUUGAGACAAAGCAUCCUUAUGAGAAGGGGAUUCUAAAUUGUUAAAAUAAAGGUCACAACCCUUUUUAAAAGGGAGAUAAUUGCGAAACUGCGAAAAUUGGGUGGGUGUCUUAAAAAAUCUUCUUCUUAAGAACCACUACACCAGAUAUGCCAAUAUUUACACCAAAGCUUGUAUAUAUAGUGAAGAUUCUAAAUUGUAAAAAUCGCGAUCCCCGGGUCAAUACUGGGGUCCCAAGAGGGGUUCAAAGUUGAUUAAAAAAGACAAAUUUAACAUAGAAAUAUAUGGGGGGAAGUGUUUUUAAAAAUGUAUUCUCAAGGACUACAGUUCUAAAAUUAGUGAGAUUAAUAUACAAGUACCCUAAAAGUGUAGAUUCUAAAUUGUGAAAACCGUGAUCCCCGGACUAAUACUACAUACGGCCCCAAAAUAUGUUCAAAGUUAAACAUAGACUUAUAUAAUGGGAAAAUGUUUUAAACUCUUCUUUUUAAGAAUUACAAUGCUACAGUUUGUGAGAUUACUGUGCAAUCAUUCUGAGAUAGUGCAGAUUCUAAAUUGUUUAAAUCAUGUUUUAUUAAAAGAAGUAUUAAAAAAAAAAAAAAAAAGAAAUUUCCAUGAUAAGAUUAUCAUCGUUAAAUUAUCUGGUUACCCAUGUGUAUGUUUAUCGACUAGUUUUUUGGGUUUUUUUGGAAUUUCAAUCCCGACAUCAAUUACUCACAUAUCGGGAUACAAGUGAUCGGGAUCAAAGAUCAUAAAUUCAAACAACUUCAAAAAGGUGUGGAUCUUAGUUUUUACGAAGUUUUGAUUCACAAACACACAGUUAGGAAAGAUAAAGGAACAAAAGAUAUGGAAAAAAAGUAGGAAUCAUUGAUAGACUUUAUCAACUAUAUAUAGACUUUCCAUGUUUUUUGAGUUUAGUCUAUAAGACAGAUGAUCGAUGAAAAUGCAAAAUCUAACAUGCCUAAUGUCCUCAUCACACCUGCAAUAUUUUUAUUUAAUGAAUCGAUAAAGAAGCUUUUAAAGAUUGAAAUACAAAACAGAUGCCAAUAUCAUCUUUUAAUUAUUUAAUGAAUAUAAUUCAAUUUUUUCAGUGAAAUUGGAUUUUUUUUUUUACUGCAAAUGGGUAUUUUAGAGCUUAAAAUUCAGUCUCAGUUGAUGUGUGAAAUAAUUAUGAAUAAAAACAUGCCAAAGAUAAAAUUGUUUCUUCUUUUUAUGUAUUGUUUAAUAUAUGGCAAAAUCUUGAAAUAUAUGAGUUUUACAAUAUUUAUUCAGAGUUCACUUCAUAAUAAACCCUUUCGAAAUAAAAUGAUACAAGGACUAUUGUUCAGGUGAGCGAUUUGUGGCCCAUGGGCCUCUUGUUUACUAACAUAUAAUACACUCCCUUUCAAAAGGUAUAAGCUCGUCAACGGUCGAUGGAACCUCGCUAUUUUUUUUAUUAGUGAUAGUCCUGACUCUAUUAAAAUAGGCAACCUCUGAUUACAAUUGAAAGUCAGUCUAUCAGGUUUGAAAGUUUAAGUUCUUGUUUCUAUUGUAUUUACAUAUAUGUUUUCAACCUAUCAGGGUUUAUCCCGAUUACCACAUUCCUGUACAGCAAAAGCUCAGAUGAUUGUUGUUAUUAAAUUAAUAACAUUUUCUGAGUCCUCUUUUAUCCAUGUUUUUAUUUUUUUUUCACAUCGUAUACUCAUUAUA